AUGCUUCUCUACGCCGCCCCAGCGGUUUACGAUAAAAAACCGUCUGAGCUACCAUCAAGACCGUCAACGGUCGCUGUGGGCAAGCGGCACGGAACAUUUGACGUUCCAUUGUCCUCAUUAUUGAGUCUACGAAGAGGGGUUGGGGCGACUGAUCCACGAGAUACGAUCUACGGUCAUCUUGGUGUUGCUUCCGACUCAAAUAUAUGGUCCCAGCACAUCAAGAUCGACUACAACAAAACUGUAACGGAGGUGAUGGUUGACGCGGCGAGGUACUUUCUCUCCGUGACGAAUCUAGGGAAGUUACUUGACCACGCCAUCACCCCGCCUCCGCUCUCCACAACACCAACAAUCCCCUCCUUUAUUCCGCGAUGGGCUGCCAUCCAACCUACCCAAGAGUUGUUAUUCAGAAAAAGACCAGGAAACGACGCACCCUACGUAGAAUUCGAGGGCCGCCACGGCAUAUUGCUUCCCGGCCAUCCGGUUCUUUGCGUUUCCGGAUUUUAUAACACCCGAAUCGAUGGCAUCAGCCCAGUAUUUCCCGAGCAUAUUGCAGGACUAGAUAUCGAAGGCGCAAGAAAGACACUUGAGACUGUAGGCUCCCAGGACCUAACCUUCCAUGAAAUCGGCCAGCUUCUUGACACAUUGUUUGGAACCACAGAGGCCGAGAAGGAUGUCCAAAAUAUUUUUACGAAGAGACUCGCGGACCUACACGGGGUACCAAGAUAUAGCGCCGGAUUUCGCCUCGGAGAUCUCGGGGCCGUCUCAAGGGCCUUGCGUACUUAUAUCGAGAUCGGUGCUGGGCCAUUCGCCGGGAAGAGAUUUGCAACGACCGCCGAUAACGAAUUGGCCAUUGUGCCUGCCGAGGCUCAAAUUGGUGACAUUUUUGUUCAAAUCGCCGAUUGUUACCAUAAUGUUAUAGUACGGCCUACUGUUGAGGACUUUUCGCACCUCGACGAAAGAAUUAGAGAAGUCUUCGGGGCUGCGAACCCUCUGGGACUCCCACACGUGGGGUUCCGCGAGCGCAUCCCCGAGGAUUACGAUGAUAAUCCUUGGCUGCUUGUAUGGGAGACGGGAUCGAGGGUCUACCCGAUUGGACACUACUUGCUGGUUGGAGGAGCUGACAGCACGGGAAACGGCGGGAUCCCUCCUUGGGCUCGCGGGGUCCCGUCCCUUUCCGACUUUGCGAUGUUUUCUCUCCAUUAG